AGUACACGUCUUGGCUCGUAGCAUUCGAGCUCGAGCACCUUAAGUAUUCCAUGAAAAUAAAUAAAUUUAUGAAAUAGGUACCACAUACGAAUCUGAUUGAUAUAACAAUAAACAGUUUAAAUUAAAAUAUUAUUUCAUAUCAUAAUAAUUGUGCGGUCGUGGGCGUCAGCUUAUUUUAUCGUGGUGCCAAACUAUCCGAUUCAUUCGAAGAAACCGAAAUAUUUACAACCCUCUAGUUGUACGCGCACCAGGGUCGUUACAACUGCGUUAUCACAUUCGAUAUUUAAAAGUCAUAAAAACUUUGAAUAAAAAUGCCGGAAUAUCACGUGAUACCAAACGAAGAAGAAGUGAAGAGAUUAAAGAAAGAAUACGGUUUGACAAAAGAUCAAAUCGCUAAAGAUGUAGCCACGGUCAGGAGCUGGAUGCUAACACAACCGCAUUUACCCAAGCUUCCAGAAUCUAAAAAUGAUGAAAUAGAUUUUUGGAUCGAAGGAUUUUUACGGCUGACGAAAAAUAAUCUGGAAAAAACCAAACUAGGGGUGGAAAGUCAUUUUCGCCUGAAAACGUUGUUUCCGCAAGUCUAUGAUGUGAGUGAUCUACCAAAUUAUGUGGAAAGUGAUUUGUUUGAAUAUUUGACGAUGGUCAUGAUGCCCAAACACACGCCCGACGGACUUAAAAUAAUGUAUUACAACUUCAACGAUACCAAUUCGCAUCUGUUUCGUCCGAUCGAGAUAUACAAGAGAAUGCGUUUGAUGUUGGAUAUCUAUCAGAAGAAAGGUAUCGAUUUUACCGGUAUACACGUUUUGAUCGACACGAGGCACAUUACGUUGUCACACAUAAGUCAGUUUGACUUGUUCCAGCUGAAGAAUCUCAUUAAACACGCACAGAAAGCGUAUCCGUUGCGUCUGAAACACACUCAUAUUUUGUUCCCGCCGAGUUUUAUUGACGUAGCCAAAAAUAUCUUAAAACCGUUUGUGUCGAAAAAAAUGUUUGCCAGAUUAUCAUUCCACAAGAAUCUUGAAAGCCUAUGGGAACACAUACCAAGAGAUGUACUCCCAAUCGAAUACGGAGGAUGUAAUGGCAAUGUGGACAUGAUCAGAGAGGAAUGGAAAACAUUGAUAUUGAAGAACAACGAUUGGUUUUUGUCAAACGUAAGUUAUAAAUCAGAUGAGUCGAAAAGACCGAAAAAGAAAAAAUCGUUUUCAUACGACAAAAUGUCGUUCAAGACUUUGAUUUUGGACUAAAAAUUUGUGAUGGUAAAUUGUAUAAAAAUGUUAUUAUAAGGUAUUUAUUUUUUAGUUAUAUCAAUUAUAUCUCAACUUUUGUAUACUUAAAUAAAUUAAUGUGUAUCUCUAUAAUAUAUCUUGGACUAAAAUUAUAAUGUUUAAUAUUAUAAAUUAAGUAUAGUAAGUAGGUAUAUUGUUAAUAGUAUUAAUAAAUUAGUAUUUUGUAUUUAAAGAAUAAAUAACGAGAAAAAGGA